AUGCUCCAGAGGCAGAUGCCCGCCUGGGUCUUCCACUCCCUGCCAGACCCAAGCCAAACAGAAGAUGGCAGGCCGUCGGCCACCUGCACCUUGGAGAGGGGGCUGUUUCCAUGCCACCUGCUGACAGUGAGGGUCAUCCGGAUGAAAAAUGUGCGACAGGCUGAUGUGGUGAGCCAGACAGACUGCUUUGUGAGCCUCUGGCUGCCCACCGCCUCUCAUGACAGGCUGAGGACUAGGACCAUCUCCAACUGCCCCAACCCAGAGUGGAAUGAAACCUUCACCUUCCAGAUCCAGAGCCAAGUGAAGAACGUGCUAGAGCUGAGCGUCUGCGAUGAAGACACAGUGACACCAGAUGACCAUCUCUUGACAGUUCUCUAUGACCUCACCAAGCUCUGCUUCCGAAAGAAAACCCACGUGAAGUUCCCACUCAACCCAGAGGGCAUGGAGGAGCUAGAGGUGGAGUUCCUGCUGGAGAAAAGUCCUGAUCCACCUGAGACCCUCAUCACCAAUGGCGUGCUGGUGUCUCGACAGGUCUCCUGCCUGGAGGUGCAUGCAGAAUCCAGGAGGCGGAGAAAGUGUGGCAAACAGAAGGACCACCUGGUGACAGUGACGGAGUCCUUUGAGCACACCCAGCGCAUCUUGCGCUGCCCGGAGCCCUGCUGCCCAAACCCUGCCUGCUUCCACUACCCCAAGUACUUCCAGUCCCAGAUUCACGUGGAGGGGCCCAAGAGUCCAUGGAGCUGUGGGCUUUGCUGCUGCUGUGCGCACAAGAAAACCGGCCCCAUCUGCCAGCCCCUCGACUGCCUCCCCGACGGCCAGACGGUGACCCUGCCUGUGGGCGAGAACUGUGAACUACACAUGAAGUCUACACCCUGCCCCCAGACACUGGACGUGCGGCUGGGCUUCAGCCUGUGCUCGGCAGAGCUGGAGUUCCUCCAGAAGCGGAGGCUGGUGGUGGCUGAGGCGCUGAAGCAGGUGUUGCAGCUGGAGGAGGACCUGCAGGAGGACGAGGUACCACUGAUAGCCAUCAUGGCCACCGGGGGUGGAACAAGAUCCAUGACGGCCAUGUACGGCCACCUGCUGGGGCUGCAGAAGCUGAACAUCCUGAACUGUGCCAGCUACAUCACUGGCUUGUCAGGGGCCACCUGGACCAUGGCUACCUUGUACCGUGACCCAGACUGGUCCUCCAAAAACCUGGAGCCUGCCAUCUUUGAGGCACGGAGGCACGUGGUCAAGGACAAGUUGCCUGCCCUGUUCCCAGACCAGCUCUCCAAAUUCCAGGAGGAGCUCCGGCAGCGCAGCCAGGAAGGGUACAAGGUCACCUUUACAGACUUCUGGGGCUUGCUGAUCGAGGCCUGUCUGGGGGACGAGAGAAAUGAAUGCAAACUGUCAGACCAGCGUGCUGCUUUGUGCCAGGGCCAGAACCCCCUGCCCAUCUACCUCACCAUCAAUGUCAAGGAUGAUGUAAGCAACCAGGAUUUCAGAGAGUGGUGCGAGUUCUCCCCCUACGAGGUGGGCCUGCAGAAAUACGGGGCCUUCAUCCCCACCGAGCUCUUUGGCUCCGAGUUCUUCAUGGGACGGCUGAUGAAGAGGAUCCCAGAGUCGCGGAUGUGCUACAUGCUAGGUUUGUGGAGCAGCAUCUUCUCCCUGAACCUGCUUGAUGCCUGGAAUCUGUCCCACACCUCGGAGGAGUUUUUCUACAGGUGGACAAGGGAGAGAGUGCACGACAUCGAAGACGAGCCACUCCUGCCUGAAAUCCCCAAAUGUGAUGAAAACAUCCUGGACACCACGGUGGUGAUCCCAGGGUCGUGGCUGUCCAACACAUUCCGCAGCAUCCUCACCCAUCGGCCCUUCGUGUCUGAGUUCCACAACUUCCUGCGGGGGCUGCAGCUGCACACCGACUACCUCCAGAACACAGAGUUCUCCAGGUGGAAAGACACCGUGCUGGACGGUUUCCCAAACCAGCUGACGGCGUCUGUGAACCACCUGUGCCUGCUGGACACCGCGUUCUUCGUCAACUCCAGCUACCCGCCCCUCCUCCGGCCUGAGAGAAAAGUCGACCUCAUCAUCCAUCUCAACUACUGUGCCGGAUCCCAGACAAAGCCCAUGAAGCAGACCUGUGAGUACUGCACCGUGCAGAACAUCCCCUUCCCCAAGUAUGAGCUGCAGGAGGAGGAGGAGAAGCUCAAGGAGUGCUACCUUAUGGAGAACCUGCAGGAACCUGAUGUCCCCGUCGUGAUUUUCUUCCCUCUCAUCAACGACACCUUCCAGAAGUACAAGGCCCCAGGUGUGGAGCGAAACCCCGAGGAGCUGGAGCAGGGCCAGGUCGACAUUUAUGGCCCCAAAACUCCCUACGCCACCAAGGAGCUGACGUACACAGAGGCCGCCUUCGACAAGCUGGUGAAGCUCUCCGAGUACAACAUCCUGAAUAACAAGGACAGGCUCCUUCAGGCCUUGCGGCUGGCAGUGGAGAAGAAGAGACGCCUGAAGAGCCAGUGUCCCUCCUAAGUCCCCGGGAGCCUCCCCAUCCUGUGUCUGCUUCCACCAUCAGAGGCACGAGCCCUUCAGGGCUGACGGACUGCACAGCAGGCUCCGCGUUCUGGCAAGGGGUGCAGGCUGGCUGGCCCGGGCUUUCUAUCAAAAUCUAAAAAUUGAAAAGAGUUGAGAGAGACAGGGAGAGAGAAAGAGAUAAAGGAAAAUAACAAGAAGAUAUAUUGGGGUUUUAAACCCACUGGAAUUUUUUAAACCUUUCCCUGGAGAGAAGGGGGUUCCAUAGCUGCAGGCUUGCACACAUGCUGAAAGUGGAGAAUGAAAGCCUGGCCUGAGGGAGAGGCGGGUUCCCCAGAAACCUCAGACCCAGAACUGGAGCUCAGGGCCCUCCCCUCUGUGCUCCUCUCAGCCCCCUCGCUCGGAGGCUCGGGGAACGCACAAGAAGACCUGAGGAGCACUCAGGGUCCCCUGGAAAAAUGCUUUAAAUUUAAGGCAAUUAUAUUCCUGUGAUUUUUAUAGGCAA